AUGAGUCGUGGCCUGCAAUCGACAGAGUGUAUAACCAACCUGAUUCAAGUCUCAAAUCUUUCACCGGUAACUGAUGCUGUGAUGGCCUACCAGGCCAAUGCCCUCUUUGAGGAUGUCCCGAUUCCAGCACAAGAGGAGAUGAACGUCAACCACCCAAUUAUCCACGUAGCAUCCUCAGUGCUCGAAUGUCCCUGUCUGCAGACAAAUCAUCAGCUCUGCUACCUGCUAGUCUUCGCCGCUAUGGACAUCUUGGCUCGCCAUGUUACUGUAGCUGCCUCAAGGCCGGCGGAAGGCGAAGAUCGGCUGUCGCGCGCAAGCCUAGUCUUUGGGGAGCUUCAUCGCGUCCUCUACUCUAUAGAAUCGUUGUCUCAGCAUUCCCGCCGCCACCUGCCUCCUCGUCGUUCUUCUUCUCCCCCUUCCUCGUUCAGCAGUCCUCGACACUCACCCGCUCCACUCCCUCCAAACUUUGGAGAUUUGCUUCUAUCUAUGGACCCUGUUUCUGUGGGCACCGCCAUGUCCAUCAACCUAUCCACGACGGAUCUCACUUCGAAGGUUCACGAAGACGAAAAUCAUUUCCAGCUCGAGGAGAACAGCGAUCUAUCCGACUUCACCUUCUGGUCACACAAGGCCAAGCUCCAGCGAGAAUUUGAGCGCGUCCGAGACGAAAUCAAAUCAAUCAUCCGCACUGAGUGA